CGCGCUGAGCCCGCGGCCUGCGGGAGGGCGCGCGCCUCCUCCCGCCUCGACCAGCCCGGGGGGCGUGUGCGCGCGCCCCAGCGGGCUCAGGACACGCCACCUGCGCCGGAGCGCGCUCUGCCCGAAGCAUCCCCAGCCGUCGGGCCACCCCCGUCGCCCCCGCCGACCCAGCUGCACCUCCCCUCCGCUCCGGUGACUGCUCGCCCGGCGGCAGGGCCCGAGUCGUCGCAGCCACCUCAUUGCACAACCCGGCUUCCCAACUGUUUACACAGCCCGGCCUGUGAGUGUAUGUGUAUACAGCGUGAGUCACCGGGAGGCGGAGGAGGUGGAGGAAAAGGAGAAGGAGGAGUGCACUGGCCGGGAUCGGUGCGGCGCACACACUCACUCACACUCAGUCACCCUCUCCGAGCGCGUCUGUCUCGCGCACACUCACGCCGGGAGCCCGGAGCGCGUAGGAUCCCGGGCGCCGCGGAAAAGUUGGUCCGGCUUUCGCUCCGACACUUCUUGCUUCGGGAAGUGCAUUUGCUCCGUGGCUCCGCCGAGCCUGCGGAAUCCUGUUCUCGCUCCGGACCUCGGAGGCCGCCGCCGCCUCUGCUUCCCCGACUGUCGGCAGCCUCUACAACAAUAGCGAGGCGCCCCGAGCCGGUACCCACGGGGAUCCGGGGACCCGAACCGGCCUCCUUGCCCCGGACGCGCGGCCACCGUGGUCCUCGCGUGUACCGCGAGCGCCCGGGAGCGGCUCCGGCUUUGCCCCCCGUGGGGGCAGAACCAAGCUCCGUCUGCAGCCUCCAUCCCGCGGGCUGGAGUAAGUCGCGGCGCCGGCGCCGACCCCGUUGCGCCUUCCGCGCCGAUCCGAGGACGUACAAAGCCGGGGCCGCCCCGGCCGGGGACGGGAUGCGGGUCGGUCCCGUGCGCUCUGCUAUGAGCGGCGUCUCGCAGCCCCGCGCUCCGGCCUUGCUGCUCCCGGUCGGCCGGGGCGCCCCGACCAAACGCCUGCUGGACGCGGACGACGCGGCGGCCGUGGCGGCCAAGUGCCCACGUCUCUCCGAGUGCUCUAGCCCCCCGGACUACCUCAGCCCCCCUGGCUCUCCCUGCAGCCCGCAGCCUCCGCCCGCCGCUCCGGGGGCUGGCGGCGGCUCCGGGAGCGCGCCGGGGCCCAGCCGCAUCGCCGACUACUUGCUGCUGCCCCUGGCCGAGCGCGAGCAUGUGUCCCGGGCGCUGUGCCUCCACACCGGCCGCGAGCUGCGCUGCAAGGUGUUUCCCAUUAAACACUACCAGGACAGAAUCCGGCCUUACAUCCAGCUGCCCUCACACAGCAACAUCACUGGCAUUGUGGAGGUGAUCCUUGGGGAAACCAAAGCCUAUGUCUUCUUUGAGAGGGACUUUGGGGACAUGCACUCCUACGUGCGCAGCCGGAAGAGGCUGCGGGAAGAGGAGGCUGCCCGGCUCUUCAAGCAGAUCGUCUCUGCCGUUGCCCACUGCCACCAGUCAGCCAUCGUGCUGGGGGACCUAAAGCUUAGGAAGUUUGUCU